UCCCUCUUCCAGGCAGUGCUUCAUUCGUGUAGACUGACCAGAGUCCACGAACACAGCCUGCCUUCAGCUCUCUUACACCAAAGGGACACUCUCACACUCCCCACCACUCUCUGUCACUGGCACAGGAGUCAUACCUUCAGCACAAUAAGGCAUUCCAGUUCUCUUGCACAUUCCAGCCUCUCCUCGUUGAGACAUGUCCCUCUACAACUUUGGGUUGGAGCCCCUGUCCUGUCAUGCCUGGAACAAAGACAGAUCGCAAAUUGCUGUCAGUCCCAACAGCAGUGUGGUACACAUUUACCAGAAGAAGGGUAAAGAGUGGACCAAGAUCCAUGAACUGUCUGAACACAGUGGGCGUAUCACAGGUAUUGACUGGGCUCCGGAGUCCAACCGCAUUGUGACGUGUGCUUCGGACAGAAAUGCCUAUGUGUGGUCCCUGAAGGACGGAGCCUGGAAGCCCACUCUGGUGCUGGUCCGAAUCAACCGGGCCGCCACAUGCGUCAAGUGGUCUCCCCUGGAGAACAAGUUUGCCCUGGGGAGUGGGGCCAAGCUUAUCUCUGUGUGUUACUUUGAAAAAGAGAAUGACUGGUGGCUCAGCAAGCACAUUAAGAAACCCAUUAGUUCCACGGUCCUCUGCAUUGACUGGCAUCCCAACAACAUCUUGCUGGCCGCAGGUUCGGCUGACCUCCACUGCAGAGUGUUCUCAGCCUACAUCAAAGACAUUGAGGACAAGCCUGGGCCCACCCCGUGGGGAGCGAAGAUGCCUUUUGGGGAGGUGCUGUUGCAGCAUAAGGACUGUGGAGGCUGGGUGCACAGUGUGUGCUUCUCCCCCUCAGGAGAUAGCCUGGCAUGGGUUAGCCACAACAGCAGCAUUGGUGUGGCCGAUGCCCCACAAGGAAAAGAGGUCACACAAUUGACUACUGACCACCUACCUCUGCAGAGCGUUCUGUAUGUGAAUGAGACUGAGAUUGUGGCCGCGGGUCAUGACUGUUGCCCUUACCAGUUCUCCUACAAGGGACCAGGGGCGCUGGAGUUUGUAAAGAAGCUGGACAUCCCAAAGCAGACCUCCAAGAGCAGCAUGUCAGCAAUGCAGCACUUUCGCAACCUGGACAAGCGAGCGACCACCGAGGAGGAUGAUAGCGAACUGGACACCUUGCACCAGAACAGUAUCACCCAGCUCCGUAUUGUGGAAGGAGAGAAGGCUAAAGUAGAGAAAUUUAGCAGUGUUGGCCUGGAUGGAGCCAUGGUUCUCUGGACUUUCAAGCACUGAGUGAAUGAACUCUGCAUUGGCGAUGAUGUCAUUUCACUGCUCCAAGUCUCCCUCUUUUAUGUGUUGAGCAACCCCAAGUAAUUGCUUAAAAUGAGGGAACUGCUUAUAUUGGUGUUGGUUGGAUGUCAUUCAUUUUUGUACCUUUUUUCAUAAAUGCAGAUUGUUUUAAACAAUAAACUGUCUACACACCA